GCGUGGUGAAGAUGGCGGCGCAGAAUUCGGUGCCGAGUGAUCUGUACAAAUGCGUAUAUUCAUUUCUGCGGGAUAAUAAGUUCACUAAGGCGGCGCAGCAGUUUCUGAAACAGACUAAAGUGACUCCACAGGAUGAAAACGAAGAAAACCUCGUCAACAUCUUCAACUUCUGGGUUAAAUCUCCUGAGGCCAAGAAACGAAAAGCACUUCCCAAUAAGGGUGAAGCUAGCAAUGGUCCAGCGGCCAAGAAAGCAAAAACCACUACAGAGACCUCCAGCAGCGAAGAGUCAAGCAGCGAGGAUGAAGAAGCUGCUGCAAAACCAACUAAGGCAGCCCCUGCAGCAGCCAAGGUGGUGCCUGCUAAAGCAGCAGCAGCUACUAAAGCUGCAUCCAGCAGCAGUGAAGACUCCAGUGACUCUGAGGAGGAGAAGGCUCCUGCAAAAGCUCCUAUGAAGCCAGUUGCUGCUGCUGCUCCUGCUGCAAGGAAGAAAGACAGCAGCUCUAGCAGUGAAGAAUCUGACUCUGAGGAUGAGCAGCCCGCUAAAGCCCCUGCACCAAAACCCAAGGCAGGUGCAGUUACAACACCCAAACCAGCUGCUCCUACCAAAGGUGCAGGUCAGAAAAAGCAGGAGAGCAGUUCUGAAGAUAGUUCCUCAGAUUCUGAAGAUGAAGAACCAGCUAAGGCUCCAGUCAAACCUGCCCCAGUAAAGGCUGCUGCAGCUGAAUCAAGCAGCGAGGAAGACUCUUCUGAAGAUGAGGCUCCUCCCAGCAAAAAACCCAAAGCAGGAGCAUACAGUGCAGUCCCACCUCCUGCUUCAAUCCAGAAAGCACCAGCUGCACCGGCAGCCAGCAAGGCCAAAGACAGCGACUCUUCAGAUAGUAGUGAUGACAGCAGUGAUGAGGAAGAAGAAAAGAAAGUAGUUGCAAAACCUGCACUGGUUAAGACCAACGCUGCCAAACCUGUUGUGGCCAAACCUGCUGCAAAGAAGCAGGAGUCCAGCUCUGAGAGCUCAGAUUCAAGCUCCGAUGAAGAGGAGGCAAAGAAGCCCGCAGCCAAAGUCACCCCAGCUAAAGCAACCCCAGUCAAACCUGCUGCAGCUAAAGCUGCACCUGCUAAAAAGGACGACUCAGACUCAGACUCAUCGAGUUCGGAAGAUGAAGAGGAGGUGAAGAAACCUGCAGCGAAGGUGACCCCUGCUAAAGCUGCCCCAGCUAAACGUGUUGCAGCCAAAGCCACACCUGCUAAAGAAGACUCCUCAGAGGAGGAUUCCAGUUCAGAUGAGGAGGAGACGGCAGCAAAGAAGCCUACAGCCAAACCUGCACCUGCCAAGACUACCCCAGCUAAAAAAGACGAGUCCUCAUCCUCUGAUUCAGAUAGCAGCUCUGAAGAUGAGGCUCCAGCAAAACCUGCCACUAAAACUGCAGCCCCACCCAAACCUGCUGCUGCCUCCAAACCCCCAGCCAAGAAAGCAGAGAGCAGCUCUGAUAGUGAGGAUUCCUCUGAGGAUGAGAAAGAUCCAGUGAAAGCCAAGCCAGCAGCCAAACCAGCCACGUCUUCAAAGCCUGCUACCCCUGUUGCAAAGCCUCCUGCAGCAGCAGAGAGCAGCUCAGACUCUGACUCUUCUGAUGACGAGGAACCAGCCAAGGCCAAGCCCGCAGGAACUAAACCUGCUACCCCGGCUUCAAAGCCUGCUACUCCUGCAGCUAAGCCUGCUGCUGCAGCAGAGAGCAGCUCAGACUCUGACUCCUCUUCUGAAGAUGAAGAACCAGUCAAGGCUAAACCUGCAGCGGCUAAACCUGCAGCAGCUAAACCUGCAGCAGCUAAACCAGCAACCCCAGCCUCAAAGUCUGCUACUCCUGCAGCCAAGCCGGCUGCAGCGGCAGAGAGCAGCUCAGACUCUGACUCCUCUUCUGAAGAUGAAGAACCAGUCAAGGCUAAACCUGCAGCAGGUAAACCAGCAACCCCAGCCUCAAAGCCUGCUACUCCUGCAGCCAAGGCGGCUGCAGCGGCAGAGAGCAGCUCAGACUCUGAUUCCUCUUCUGAGGAUGAAGAACCAGUCAAGGCUAAACCUGCAGCAGCUAAACCAGCAACCCCAGCCUCAAAGUCUGCUACUCCUGCAGCCAAGCCUGCUGCAGCGGCAGAGAGCAGCUCAGACUCUGAAAGUGACAGCUCAGACUCGGAGAAUGAGGCCACCAAACCUGCAGUCCAGAAAAAAGCUCCAGCAAAAGCAGCAGCCAAGAAGCCUGCCGCUGCCGCCAAGGCUCCUGCAGACUCCAGUGACGACAGCUCCAGUGAUGAGGAAGAACCCAAGAAGGCAGCACCAGCACCCAAGCCCGCACCCACGAAGGCAGCUGCUGCUGCUCCAACAAAGAAGGCUGAGGAGAGCAGCUCUGACUCAUCGGAUAGCUCUGAUUCUGAGACGGAGACCAAGUCCACCCCUGCUAAGCCUGCAGUCACCAACGGCAAGGCAGCAACACCCAAGACAGCCAGUGCAGCAGCCAAGGCCCCAGCAAAGCCAGAGGAGUCCUCAUCCAGUGACAGUAGUUCUGAGGAGGAGGAAGACACAAAAGUGAAAGCACAAAAACCUGCUACACCUGCUGCAACAGCAAAGACAACUCCAGCAGCUAAAGCUAAGGAGAGCAGCAGCAGUUCCUCAGACAGUUCAUCCGACGAGGAGGAAGCACCGCGCAAAGCAGCCACAGCACCCACCACCCCCCUAACAAAUGGUACCAAGGGAAAGAGAAAAAGAGACGAUGAAUCAUCAGAAAGUGAAGAGGAAGAGACAGAGGUCACAACACCCAAAAACAAGAAAGCAACAACCACACCUCAGACUUUCCCUAAAGCCAAUAAGAAGUCCUCCAACAUACCCUUCCGUAGAAUAAGAGAAGAAGAUGUAGAUGUGGAUCCCCGUCUUGCAGACAACUCUUUUGAUGCAAAGUAUGGAGCCAGAGGAGACUGGGGUGAGAAAGCUAACGACGUACUCAGGUUCACAAAAGGCAAGUCAUUCCGUCACGAAAAGACGAAGAAGAAGAGGGGGAGUUACCGUGGCGGUGCCAUCUCCACCACAGUUAACUCCAUUAAGUUUGACAGUGACUGAGCACCCUCUCACCCCGGUCACCUUCACCUGAACUGUACUGUACAUGCGUGAUCAGGACUACCAGUUGUCUGCUUCUUCCCCCCCCCCCUGUAUCCAGUCCCUUUGUUAUCACCACCAAGCAGCUGCAGCACACUGACAGAAGAAUGUGACCUGUAGAGCUGAGCUGGCACUUCCAUUUAGUUAGCUGCCCUUAGUUUGUAAUGGACACUGUUCGUUUGAUCUCUGUGGCAGCAGGAGAGAGAUGUACCCAGCUGUGACUUCAGACUGUACUGGUUGACAUCCUUGUGACAUUAUUAUACUUAUAGCCACUAGGUGGCUGCAGGCCACCUGUGAAUGGUAAAAAGCCAAUGUGUGUGUUGGGCCCCCUUUUUUUUCUUGUUUUCACUUUGUUGACCUGUACUUUACUCUCAAAUGACAAAUGUCCUGUCAGUUUUUGGUAACAUCAAUUUUUUUCUUUUAUCUAUGUAUGAGUGACAGCCAGCCAUCCCAUCAGGCUCCUCUGUGUUUAAAAAGGCUAAUUGGAUUGGAUUCUUGAAGUCUGUUUAGUUUUUUUGUUAAUUUUUAUGUGGCUACAUUUAAAUGUGGGGAGGGUGUGUGCUUGGGCUUUUUCUCUUAACAUUACAUAAAAACACUUAGUGAGUACAACUGAGUUUUAUACUACGUAUUUAUUAAGUUUUAUUCCAUUUCAAACUUUAGGACCUCAGAUGUUUCUUCCCAUGCUAUUCUUCAGCCAUUUUGCUUAGAAACUUCUUCUGAUGUUAUGACGCCCCUGUCAGCCCCUCCCUGUUUUGUUCAUCAGUGGUUUUGAGUUAAUUAUUCAUGAACAUAAUGGAGCCAUGAUUGUUUCAAUUGUUUGAAUUUAUGGAAUUAACUUGUCAUUUUUUUAUUACCAGUUCCUGUAGCUAUAAUUAAAGACCUAA